CUUGUCAAAUUAAUGUGUGCCUACAAGCAUUGGGUAGGUUGUUUGACAUGCCAGCUUUCAAUCGUAGGCUUCCAGAGAGUGCUUGCAUUGUAGAGCGCCACCGAGCAGAUCUCAUUGGACACAUUACCCAAGUGAUGCCUCUGGCUGACAGGCUGCGGUCACUGGGCAUGCUCCAUGUAGAGGCCUACGAAGAGAUCCGCGCAGCCAAGACCAGCCAGGAGAAAAUGAGGGAGCUCUUCAAAGCUCUGGACUCAGGGGGGGACAGAGUCAAAUCUGCCUUUUACUGCACGCUCAGAGAUAUCCAUCCCUACCUGCUUCAAGACCUGGAGGGCCAGGCGAACAGGAGCAGAAGGAAACAUUUCCCCAGCCCUCCUCUCGCCCCCGAGGGGAUGAGAGGCAAGCACACAGUAACUGAAGUCCCAAGGGGACCGACACUAAUGCAGAUCCUAGCUUCCUUUUGUUUCCUCCUUCCUUUCCUCCACCUCAUAGGGCAAUUUAGUCAAGGCUGGAUGGAAAGAUAUUGGAGGGCCUGGGAUGAGGACAACACACACCACACCAACGUGGCCAACGCAUUUGGAAGUGACAUCUACGUAGAAUUGAGAGGACCACAUGACCGUGUUUAUACUGCACAGAUUCCACAUGAUAGUCAUGAAUCGUUCCAAACAGAAAAGGGGCAAGUCACCGUGAAGAUUUAUGCUGAUGACUGCCAUAAGAAGGUCCUUGUUAGCAAAGCAUUUGAUUCCGACAUCAGUGUUAUAGUCAAGAAUGACAAUGGUAAUCCAUAUUUUGUCAGAUCCAAGUAUGGUAAAGUUUGGCAAGAAGAAGAAUACAAACGAUUACUUGUUGAUGAACCCUUAAAGGUGUAGGUUUUUGAACAUUCUAAGUUCCGCAACAAUUGAAGGUUCUAAAAUUCUAUGUUGAAUUCAAUGAACCCAGAUAUUCUUUAGAAUGUUAAUUUCCCAACAUUCCCGUCACACCGGUGUGACGGUACUCCUUUAAGGCUUAAUGUAGACAGAGGCAGUGCUAAUAUGGGAAGGCAGUGACUGCUGAUUGCAUCAGAGGUGGACAGUUAGUGCGGUGUAAGAAAAUUUUUAAAAAUUGUACCCAGUCUGUCCAGCCUAUUGGACCCACAGUCCAGCCUAUUUACAGUUGGAUUUUUACAAUUUUGCUAAAAAAAGUUUGCCACAAAACUACUGUGUAAAGCAGAGCAUUCUGUUAAAAAUCUUGGUGUAUUAAUUGACAGUGAUCUAAAUUUCAACAGCCACAUGAAAGCAAUAACUA